AUGCCACCACGAAAGAAAAUCAAAAUUACCCCAAAGCCAAACCCAAACCCAACAUACUCAGGCCCCCAGCCCCGGCUUUAUGAGUGGAAUGGAGCAGACUUUAAGGACGGAAAGUUGAAGCCCAAGGACGAAGAGACGCAUACGCAGUACAAACACAAAGGGCGCGAGGUCCCGAAGUCUCGAAUCCAAAAACGGGCGCCGUUUUCAGGACCCCAACUGUUUGCUGAUUUGAACACCAGUUAUGUUCCGGCUGCCACGGCCACCACGGCCCCUAACCCACCAGCCCGGCCUGCGAAGCAAGCGUGGCCUGCGGGGGCAAGACCUAUAACAGAUAUCGCCAAAGUACCUCCUGGUUGGAACUACGACGAACCUGAUCUGGACCCCGAAGAUUGGGCUGCUCAAAUUACAAGAUGCAACGAGCGGAUUGUUGAGGCUAUCAUGCCUGAUAUAUUCAGGUGGAAGCUGAAAGAACUCACUCGGAGUCAAGAGUCGAGAAAAGAGAUGGUAAAAGAAGCCGGCGCCCAAGGAAUAACUGACAUCAACGUUUUGAAACGCCUGUGUACCCUUAAAAGAACUCUGAAAAACCUGCAAGGCGACAAAGACGAGUAUAAGCUCAUUAGCACAGUGAAGGCAAUUAUUACCGCCUACGAGAACAAAACAUUGGACUGGUAUGAUGGUCUUGUGACUUACUGGUCUCAUGGAACCCAGCUUUCACAACCGCGGACCUUCAUUGCAGAAGAACAUCAAGAGAUUGGGAAUCAUUACAAAGGAUAUGAGGGGUUUUGGGUAGAGGGGGUGUUCGGCCAUGGGCCUACAAAUACUCUAUUUUGCAAUCAUUUCGAGACACAGCAGAGUUCCAACCGCAAUUCAUUCUGUCACUAUAUGGACCUUCAUCUUCGAGUGCCGAAUGUACAAAUUGCUGGUCAUCCCAUCACUUUCAUUGACGAUACUGGAUCGGACAUGAUGGUCAUCUACGACGCAGACAAGCGUUUACUUGAACGUUUAGGAGGGAGGCGAUUACUAUGCCUGGGAAUGGCACAAGCUGCACAGGCUGAUGGUCAUUGGGCUGAUUUUCUGGUGGUCUCAGUCGAGGUUACCAUCUACUGUAAAAGCCCGGCCAGGAAUAACCAAGGUCACCUCAUCCGUGACCCGAACGGGGGCUACCAAUACGUAACGGAACGAAUGACCAGCUGGGACACUAUUCAAUGUUCUGUGAGACCUGGCGGUGCGGGUGUGGAUGACGUUCCCAGGCUGUUAGGACCCUGGUUGAGACACAAGCUAUACACCGCUUCAGCACCGGAUGGUCAAAACCUUAUGCAUGUUAUGGAUAACUAUUCUGGGUUUGGCAACCAUGUUCCAAAUGUCGACACCUCACUCGCCAUUCAACAAGGGCUUAUAGUGAAUAUGAACCAGGUGCCUGAUCCUUUUAUUCCACCACCACCCUACAGGUAG